AUGGUGAACUUUUAUCACCGGUUUCUCCCGAACUGUGCCGACACCAUCCUACCUCUUACCAGUCUCCUCCCAGGUUCUAAGCGCACCAUUGAACUUACACCAGCAGCACUCACGUCAUUUGAGCAGGUAAAAGCCCUUUUGGUUGAUGCCACCGUCCUGACUCACUUUUAUGCCGAUGCACCCAUAUCUCUGAUGGUCGAUGCCUCCAAUGUUGCUGUUGGCGCGGUUCUUCAAAAAAGUCUGCCAGUUUCUACCGUGCCUUUGGCUUUCUUCUCCAAGAAACUAUCCAAGGCCGAAACCCGCUACAGCUCAUUCCGACGUGAACUCCUCGCCGCUUAUCUUGCCGUAAGGCACUUCCGGCAUUUACUCGAAGGUCGAGAGUUCACAAUUUUCACAGAGCAUAAGCCACUCACGUUUGCAAUGUAUUCCCACUCUGACAAGCUAAGUCCCCAGGAGAUCCGUCACCUGGAUAACAUUUCGCAGUUCACUUCAGACAUCCGCCAUAUUGACGGGUCCCGGAAUGAGGUGGCUGACGCCCGCUGCAGGCCCGCUAUUGCCCAUUUUUAGCUUUCUCCCAGGAUAGACCUCGCUGAGAUGGCCGUUGAACAGCGUCGUGUCGGUUCACCCUGUGAUGAGGAUGUUUCCGGACUCCAACUUCAGGAACUGCCACUGACAACUGGCAACGGCACCAUUUUAUGCGACAUAUCCACCCCAUCCCAUCACCCAUUUGUGCCACCAUCCCUCCGCCGUUAA